AAACAAAUUAACUAAACCCUUCGUUAAGGAACGAAAGCAGUUCGCACCAUAAGUUAAGAGAAGAAAGCAGUUCCCACCAACAAACAGUAGCAGUUCGCACCAGUUUUUUCAUCGUCAAAUUUUCGUUCCUUCGUACAAAAUUGAAAUAACGAACCCUAGAAACUAUAAAUAUACACCUUUCAAUCCAUUUUUCUGAUCUUCCCGGCGUUCCAAAUCACCGGAAAACUCACAACUUGACGGCGGCGGCGGCGAGAUUAUCUUGAAGAAACCACGAUUCGCGAAAAGAUGAAGAAAAGAAGGCCUAGUGAGAAUGAAAAUGAAGAAACUGAUGAAAAUGAAGAUAGGCUGAGUGACUUACCAGACUGUAUUAUCCUUCACAUUUUAUCAUUUCUGAAUACCAAACAUGUUGUUCAAACUUGCGUUUUAUCCACGAGAUGGAAACAUCUCUGGAAAUGUAUUCCAACUCUUAUCUUGCAUUCUUCAAGAUUUACCUCUUUAAAGAAAUUUGACACAUUUGUGUCUAACAUUUUUAUUCUGCGUGAUAGCUCAACUGAACUUCACGCUUUCGACCUUGACAUUGAACAUCGUGGUAAUAUUGAGCCACAACUCCUUAAAAAGAUUGCAAACUAUGUUAGCUCCCAUGAUACCCACCUCCGGGAUUUAGGAAUCUCUCUUCGUGGUGAUAUUUCUCUCAUUUUCAGCUGUGUUUCUUCUUGUCGAGCGCUUACAUCUCUUAGGCUUAAAGCUUACCCUAGAGUUAAUGAUAAUGUUUAUGCAGAAACAUUAUUUCCAAAAUCUUUGAAUCUGCCUUUAUUGACCAGCUUAGAUCUAACAAAUUUCGACUUUUGUGGUGGUGAAAACUGUCAUGAGCCCUUUUUGGCCUAUACCAAGUUGAAUAGUUUGGUCCUUCGUAGUUGUAGGAUAGGAGGGAAUGCACAAUUUUUCAGCAUUUCAAGUGAUACACUUGUCAAUUUAGCUUUGCAUAGUAAUUCGUAUGCUGUUAUUCAAAUCAAGCUUUCUACUCCAAAUCUGUGUACCUUUGAAUUUACCGGUGACAUUAUUCCGAAAUUAUGCGAGGGUGGACUUUCAUCUGUUAAACAAGUAAAUAUUGAUUCACAAAAUAUUUUAGCUUGUUCGGGGGAUGCUUUAAUUCUAUUUAGCUGGUUGCUAGACCUUUCAAAUGUAGAAUCAUUGACAGUCACUUCUACUAUUCUUCAGAUUCUCUCCUUAGUUCCUGCUAUGUUGGAGGUUAAGCUCCCUUCUUUGUAUAACCUGAAGUCAUUGAAAGUAGAACUGAUACCACUUGAUGAUGGGCUUUUAAGACUAUUAAUGAAAGAAAACAUGCUAAAAAAAGCUGCUGCCAAGUCAAGUAAAGAAGUUUUUAAGUUAAAAAAGGCAUUUAAAGCACGUUUGGAACCACCAGCCAUACCUGAUGGAAUAGUUGACUUCUUGCGGCAAAACUCGCCGUCGGCUGAAGUUAACAUCACAACAAAUUACCCGAGUUCUUUUAAUCUGAAGCAGGUUGAAGAAUCUAUAAAGGGUGCGAAGAUUAUCAAAUAUUGUUCACGAUUCUCUGUGCCUUCCUCCUCUGUCGCAUCUGCUUCGGCUGCCAAGUCUGCUUUCUGAUGCUGCUCCUGCUUCUUCCGCCGAGCUUGCCACUGCUGCAUCUCCCAAUCUUCAUCUGUCUCACGGAAAAGUGACAAUUGAUAGUGUUACUUUUCCUGCCUUUAGGAUAAUAAAUCAUCAAAUGUAGAUAUGGUGGAGAACCAACCUUAACACCAACUCUCCAGUUUUUGAUAAUGGGCUGUGAAGAGUUCUCAUAUUGCCUACAAGUUACAAGGCCUUCUCUGUGUACCUUUGUUGUAAGCUGUUAGAUAAGUGACUGAAAAUAUCAGUUUGGCUGACUUUACUGAAAGUGUUGUUUAAUUUAACAAGCAUUUGGUCAAAUCAUAUGAACUCUUCAUUUUGAAGCCAUACUGUAAUAUACAAAUCAUAUUAUCUGCCACUUAAAUGUGUGACUGUCACUAUGAAUCAUUUAGUUGCUACUGGAUCUUGUUUAACGACACCUUUUACUUUUUGCUAUAAAUUUGUUUUCUGAUCAUGACACUUCCAAGGUUUUUCUUUAAUAUAAAUUUGUUUUUGACUUUAAUAUAACUUGUAGCAAAUUCGGAACUUAUGCGAUUAUCAUACUUACGUUUUUAAGUCACAGUCUCGUAGUUUGUGUACAAUUUCUCAAAAGACAAAAACAAACUGCAG